CAAACUAGCUGUAGUGCCGAUAAUGUUACUUGUGGUUGUCCGGAAUGUGGCCAUUUGCACCCACUCGUGUCUGGGUUGUCAGUCUGCCUGCCGUGACGACGCAGCCAGGAUGCUGCGGGCCGUUGUUAUGGCGAUGUCAAAAGCGAAAGGGGGCGGAGGAGGCUGCAUGUUGUUGACAUGAAUCUGUCGGGGCUGUGUGAGUGUACGUUUGUGGCGGUGGAAGGGGGGGCUCAAGUCAUCAGCCAAUCAAAUGUGCGUUUGAGGAGGUUAAAAAAUGGACCGGCACAUUCAGCAAGUGAAAAGGGGAUAAAUAGGGGUUGCCCAGCCAGUGUCAUGGCCACCUCAGGCUAUGUUGGCGAGAUCCAGCCAGCAGCCCCAUCUCAAGGAACUGUUGUCACAUCUGGACAGCCUGAUGCCAGCUCCACUCCUGCAACUGCAUCUCAGUUCCUGUCUGAAAUUCAAACCGCUGUGGUCACCCCUACUGUUGUCACUCCAACAGCUCAAACUGCACCCACUGAACAGGCCACUUCAAUCAGUACCCAAAAGCCCAGUGCUGGCAGUCAAACCCAAUCAACAGCUCAGACUCAGCCCGCACAGACACAUUAUGUGACAGCAGAAAUACAAGGCUCCCCCACACAGUCUGGAAAUGGCCAAACUGCUCCACAGUAUAUAGUUGUUACAGUUACAGCAGAGGGUUCCCUUCACUCAAGCGACAGUGUCUCAGACUCCAGUUCCCCUCCAGCUGUUGUCCCGACAGGUGUACCCACGCAGGUUGUUCAACAGGUUCAAACAGCCCAACAGAGGUCUGUGGUCCAGGCCACCUCUCAAAUAGCCAAGACUGAGCCUGGCUCACAGCUCAGUGUUGCCGGUCUACAGCCAGUUCAUAUAACCCCAGAGCAACAACAGCUCACACCAGUCCAGGUUCAACAUGUGUACACCAAUCAAGUGCAGUAUGUGGAAGGAGGAGAUACCAACUACACCACCAGCACUAUUCGUUCCGGCACUUUCCCUUAUAGUGACACAGCCCUGUACACUCAGUCCACUGCUGGCCAGUACUAUGAAGGUCAGCCAACCUCAGGCACGCAGGCCUCCACCCCUGGCACACCUCUAACUGUCUCUGUGACCACUGGCACAACAGGCGCCGUGUCCAUGUUUGUGGCUCAGCCUAGCAGUGCAACAGGGGGAGGGGCCACAGUGGUAUCCACAGGUGGUACCACAAAUGGGUCAGGGGAUGGGGCAGGAACUAAUGGUGGUGGCGCAGGAAGUUAUGUGAUCCAGGGGGGUUACAUGUUGGGCAGCAGCAGCAGCAGCAGUAGCAGCGGCGGGUCAGCUGGCAACAGUCAGAGCUACUCCCACACAGCCCGCGCCUCCCCAGCCACUGUGAGUAUAACAGAGGGCGAGGAGAGUAGCGUGCCGUCGGCAGACAAGAAGGUACAGUGGUUGCUGGACAACUAUGAGACUGCUGAGGGAGUCAGUCUGCCACGCUCAACCCUGUACUGCCAUUACCUGCUGCAUUGCCAAGAGCAGAAGCUGGAGCCUGUUAAUGCUGCCUCUUUCGGGAAACUCAUUCGAUCUGUUUUCAUGGGAUUGCGUACACGACGCCUUGGUACACGGGGCAAUUCUAAAUACCACUAUUAUGGCCUGAGAAUCAAGGCAGGUUCUUCUCUUCUCCGCCUAAUGGAAGAUCAGCAACAUUUGGCUAUGAGGCAACAGCCCUUUUCUCAAAAACAGAGGUUGAAGCCUGUGCAUAAAGUGGAGGGAAUGACCAAUGGGACAGCUUCAGGAGCAGGACAGCAGCAACUUCAACAGCAGGGUUCUGGACAGGUGGACAUCAGCACCCAGGUUCAGCAGUACCAGCAGUUCCUUGAUGCAACUAGAACACUGCCAGAGUUUCCAGAUAUUGACCUCCAAGGGAAGCCGCUACCCGAGGGUAUUGAACUGGAUCACAUAAAGAGUUUUCAACUACUCUACAGAGAACACUGUGAGGCCAUACUAGACGUGAUGGUCAAUCUUCAAUUUACCUUAGUCGAGACCUUGUGGAAAAGCUUCUGGAGGUUCAGUCAGAGUCAGGCUGGAGAUGCCACAUUGGCUGUUCAUGACGAAUCUGAAAAGCGUCUCCCAAAGUCCUGCCUGGUGCUGCUGUGCAAGUAUGACCCAGUGCUGCGCUGGAGCCGUGACUGUGACAACAGCUUAUAUCAGGGCCUGGUGGAAAUCCUUAUCCCUGAUGUUCUCAGGCCAAUCCCCAGUGCCUUAACUCAAGCAAUUCGGAACUUUGCCAAAAGCCUGGAGAGCUGGUUGACCAACGCAAUGAUGAAUAUCCCUGAGGAAAUGGUUCGCGUCAAGGUGACAUCAGCCAGUGCAUUUGCCCAGACACUGCGGCGCUACACCAGUCUCAACCAUCUGGCCCAGGCGGCUCGUGCAGUCCUCCAGAACACUGCCCAGAUCAACCAAAUGCUCUCUGACCUCAACCGUGUUGACUUUGCUAAUGUUCAGGAGCAGGCCUCAUGGGUAUGUCGCUGUGAAGACCGCGUUGUCCAAAGACUAGAGCAGGACUUUAAGCUGACCCUCCAGCAACAGAACUCAUUGGAGCAAUGGGCUGCUUGGCUGGAUGGUGUGGUUUCUCAGGUGUUAAAACCCCACCAACACAGCCCUACCUUUCCUAAGGCUGCCAAGCUGUUCCUGCUCAAGUGGUCCUUUUACAGCUCCAUGGUGAUUCGGGAUCUAACUCUGCGCAGUGCUGCCAGUUUUGGCUCCUUUCACUUGAUCCGCCUUCUGUAUGACGAGUACAUGUACUACCUGAUAGAGCAUAGAGUAGCCCAGGCUAAAGGAGAGACCCCCAUUGCCGUGAUGGGAGAGUUUGCCAGUUUAGGACGAGGACUAAACAUACUGGAUGGUGACAAAGAAGAAGAAGAGGAGGAAGAGGAGGAAAGUGAUGAGGAAGGUCAGGAGCUGUCCCUGCCGUCAGACGCUGUAGUGUUAGGAGACGAGUCCCUGGAGCCUCCUGCCAAGCUGGCCAGAACAGACCAGAGGGUCCUCUUCACUACAGGGCCAGCUGACCACUAACAAGUAUUAGACCACUAGAAGGAGGAACUGAUCAUUACAAAAAGAAGACACCUGUAUAUUUAGCAGCUAUUGUAAAUGUGCAAAGUUUUGCUGCUGUCUAUUAUGCUUACUGUGUGUCUCUCUCGCUGGUUAUUGCACAUACAACACUUGUUUGAUCAAUUAAAUCAACACAUAGGUGGAUUGAAGGUACCAGCUUCCCCAAUACAAGAAGAUGCAAUGUGCAUUUUCACCCUCACCUGUGUAGACCUGUAAGAAGGAAUUUUGCCCAGUCACUGCAUUAGCACUUAGAGCCUGGCUGUUUCCUGUCUGUGAAAGUAGUGACUCAAUUUUCUCUCUAAAUGUCACUGCUUGAUUGAAAAAUCAUUGAACCCACUGUGCUGUGUGUGUCUGGAAAGUUAACGUGAUAAAGAAAACCAGCAAUGUGUAUAACUGGACCUUGAGCUAUCAAUGUUUGCCAUUGUUUUUGUUUUUUAACAAGAAAGUCAAAUUUGGGGGGGAUUGUUAGUGUGUUUUAUGCAUGUGUGUGUGUCUGCUGUGUAUUCUCUAGUGUGUUUGAAAAUGGAGCUGUGUAGGUCUGAUUGUGUGCUUGAAGGUCAUUCUGAGGACAUUUCAUUUUAACGUGGGAGACAUGUUCAAUUUUGCUGCCUGUAAAGAGACAUUUGGGGUGUUUUCUAGGAGUGCCUGUCACAGCUGCUACACACCUGUGCAGAUAAAACCACAGCUGUGGACUAAGGACUCCCAUGUGAUGCUGCAAAAAUAUUCAGUGUGUCACAUAUUUAUGUUUCAAGUGCUUCAUCCCUAUAUUAAUUUUACAAAUUAUUGUUCAUGUUCACUCAUUUUCCUUUGAAAAAUAAUUUUGACCACCUAUUUCAAGAUAGUUCUCUUUGUGCCAAGCCUGGUUUGUUUUAUUCUUGUCUAAAGUUAUGUGUCUGUGCCUGAGAAAGUACAGGUAAUACAUGCCACUGUUGAAUUUUCCAUUACUUUUGAGUUUUGCUGUCACAAAGUGAACCUAUUGUGCAGUGUGUGGUGCUGUGAAGUCACACAUUUUAGACAAACCUUGUAGGAAUUAUGGAUUUUUUUUUGUGUGAUUAUAUGUUCUGUUAUCGAUCCUCGUGUUAUGUCUGAAGAGUUAUCGACACACAGGCUAAGAUCUAGCGUCUUUGCACAUACUGUCUCACACCUUACAUUAAGUCUGACACAAUUCUCUUGAAAUCAUUUUCAUCUUUGAAGUAUUGUGUGUUAAAUUGUGAGUUGCAGGUGUCACAUUUCAAAUUAACGUCACAUCCCUGCAGUUUUGAUGUGUGUGGUGAUGAUUAAUCCACUCUGUCCUCCACUAUAUCAAUGCAUUCCUGCUAAUGGCUUUGUUUUGCUUCAUAAACUAAAUUUUGUAAACACUGUCACGGUUGGUUGAUACACAUAUUCUUGUGUCGGAAUUUACUUUUUACUCACCAUAAUGUAGGCCUUCUUGUUUCUAUCACUUUUAUUAUUUCUAGGGAGUCCAAAUCUAAACCACAACUAAUUACAUAUCAUAACAGUCUUCAGCUGAUACAAAAUACAGUAUUUCAUUGUUAGUAUAAUGUUUAGUCUUUUUUUAAAGUGCAUUGUUUCUUAUAAACAAUAUAAAGUGAGUAAACUAAACAUGUUCAGUGGCAGUGUUUAAUGGAUUUGGUCUACUGUAAGUAUGACUGUGCCUUUGGAGGUGGUAGAAUGCAAUUCAGAUGUUUAAUU